AUGGUUCAACAAGCCAAACUUGCUGUGGUUUGCCUCAUCCUAACCUUGGCCUUAAUGGCCCAAAUCUCUGAAGCUGCUAAUGGCGGCAUAGCCACCUACUGGGGUCAAUACUCCGAUGAGACCGAAGGAACUCUAGGGGAAGCCUGUGCAACUAAACUCUAUUCUUACAUAAACAUAGCCUCAAUUGCCCAAUUUGGCGAUGGCAAUGAUCUGGUACUCAACCUUGCUGGUCAUUGCACCCCGCCGGAUUGCACUCAUAUAGGCGAACAAAUAAAGACUUGUCAAGUCCUGCAUGGUGUCAAAAUCUUCAUCUCUCUUGGAGGAGAAAAUGGAAACUAUAAUCUAACAUCUCCUGAAGAUGCCAAACAUGUUGCAGACCAGUUAUGGGAUUCCUAUCUGGGUGGUACUUACUCGACUGCUACACUUCCUUUCGGCGAUGCUGUAUUGGACGGCGUAGAUUUUGACUUAGUCGGUUCCAACACAAAAUAUGAUGCAGAUCUUGCAUAUUACCUAAAGGCUAUUAACCAACAGGGAAUAAAACCUGUUUAUUUAUCAGCAGCUCCUCAGUGUCCUUAUCCUGAUUAUUAUCUUCAGAAUGCCCUUGACACGGGUCUUUUUGACUAUGUUUGGGUUCAGUUCUAUGACAAUUCUCCAUGCGAGUAUAGUAAUGUGACUGGUACUGCGGGUCUUUUAAGCGCAUGGAAUACAUGGACUUCGAAACUCAAGGGAUCAGGGAAGCUGUUUCUUGGGGUACCGGCCUCCAUUGAUGCUGCUUCGACCGGGUACAUCCCGGCUGAUGUUCUGAACAAUGAAAUUCUUCCGCUGAUAAAAGCGACGCCCAAGUAUGGAGGUAUCAUGGUAUGGAACAGGUAUUACGAUCGUCUGAGUAAUUACAGUUUCGCUAUUAUUGACUUUGUUAAGUUGAAAAACAAUCAGCAGUUACCAACUAUGAGAAUGUAUCAGUAUGAAUAA